GAUAUCCAGCAAACGCGGCGUGUUUGUUGACAUCUGGCGCAGGUGUGCGGCGCCGCCACAAAGGACCUCCACACUUCCGGCCCUUUAUGGUGUUCCUUCCCCGCGUGGCGUUAUUGCUGGCUGGUGAACACUUCUACGCCAGGUAGAAGAAAUCCCACCAUGGAUGAUGAAUGCCUUUCUCUGACUUGGAAUAAUCAUGGUGCUACAUACAGGCAGACACUCAACACCCUAAGGAAGGAGAAUACCCUGACGGACAUAACUCUUGCUUGUGAUGGCCAGAAGUUUUCCGCACACAAAUUAGUGUUGGUGACUUGUAGUGACUACUUCAGAACUAUCUUGGGGGACCUACCAUGCCACCACCCAAUAGUGUACAUGAGGGGUGUCACUGCCCAGGAGAUGCAAGCACUUAUAGACUUCAUGUACACAGGCCAGACAGACAUACCCCAGAAGGAAGUGCCAACUCUGCUUUCCACUGCAGAAGCAUUGCAAAUUAAAGGUCUUGGUGUUUUUAAUGGCAGUGAGAAUCAAGACAGUGGAAGCAAAACUCAAAGAGAACGUGGGAAUGAAAAUAAGAGAAAGAGAAGUGAUCUUUCUUCAUCCGUUAAUGGUUUGAAUGAAGAAAGUGGCAGAAGCAGUACUGCCAAAACUCUAUCAAGGGAAGACCAUUUUCUGGAGAAUCUUUACAGCCAUCACUAUGCAUUCCUCUCCUCGCCAAAACAAAGAAAACUGGACGACAAGACUCCAUCAAAGAUUCCUGACUUCAUCAGUGGUUCUCACACAUCUACCCUGGAAAACUCACCCCAGAAAGAAUCUUCUUCAUGUACGGGUGGUGGUGAUUCCAGCCAAAAUGUUUCCACCUCACUAUCUCCAGGAAUUCUCAACAACCUUCUACAUCAUCGCAAGCCAGAAUCAUCCAGGUCUUCUCUACCCAGGCCACCCUCACCCCUACCCCAGUCCCCACAAGACAGAAUUACCAGUGAAACAGGCUCAUCCCACACUUCAGAUAUUGCCAAAGAAAGUCUUGUUGAGAAGGAUUCCAGUCAUACUUCCUCCAGCCAUCCACCACAGCCUAACCCGAGACUAGAGGCCAAGGCAGCUUCUCCUCGUGCACUGAAUUAUUCACUUGCUGGUCUUGGAGGCAGCAAAGACAGCCUUGGUCUGGGGUUACACGGCCAUCCCUCUGAAGAAUCAAGUAGUGGUCAUGGCGACACUCCUGAAAAUCUGAUCAAAACAGAAAUAAAGGAAGAAGCUCUUGACUUUAGCAGCUCAACAAUGUCGGAGAAUCACCACAGUGACUCCUCAAGCUCAGCCCUCAGUACAAACAACAUUGGGGAGGAAACACGGAUGUACUUGGAUGCUUUUGCGCGAAGUGCAAACCUUUCUUGGCAGCAGAAUACCGAGGAGGCUGUGGAAUCAUCUGCAGGUGAUGGACGGCCAUUUGUGUGUCCAAUAUGCAAUAAAUGCUUUGCCAAGGCUGCCAUUCUGAAGCGUCACCAUCUGGCACACUUCCGGCCGUAUGUCUGUCACCUGUGCCCACGCUCCUUCACCAGGAGAGAGGUAUUGGCAGAGCACAUGCUGGAGCACACGGGAGCUGACCUGCGAAUGCCAUGCCCCGUGUGCGGCAUGACCAUCAAACGGAAACGCAACCUACAGGCUCACAUCAAAGUCAAGCAUCCUGAUUAUUACCAGCAGAAAAGUGCAAAAAGAGAAGCAAUGUGUUAACAGACAUCCAGCAGUGCAGGUGUCCAUUGCUCAUUGGCUUGACACAAGGAGGCCUAUUCCCUUUUGAUCUAAGACUGUCAAGGAACAUUAAUGAAAGAUUCCUUAAAUUGGUCUCUAGUCAUGUAAUGAUUAGAUACUGAACUGAUGCUUCCGUAACUCAGGUUACUCAAGUGUGAACUUUUGCAUUCUACUUUCAGAAUCUUCCUAAAGGUUAUCCACAAAGUUGAUAUUUUUAUAACAAAAAUAGACUUUGUAAACAUAGUUUAAAAUGAAAAAUAUUAGGUCUAAUUGGAAAGCAUUUCUUAUAUAUCCAACAUGCUUGUUUUCAUAAAUUUUCUAUUGGAAGCACCUAAAUUAUUCCAAAUCUUAUUUCAUCAACAAUAAUUUAUCUACAUUACUGUAUUGCAGCAUUCCUGUUGUUACUUGGUUGUAACAAGCACAUUGUACUCUAGUUAGAAUUAUUGUUGGUUGUACAUUACAUGUAGAAGUGUGCAGUUUUUUUUAUUUUUAAAAUUUUUCUUUCAUUUCUCUUUUCCCCCAUCACAAGUGAGUCAUGUAUGAUUUAUAAUGGCAUGCACCGUUCUCAUGGUCUUUUAUUUUUGUGCAGACAUUGAAGUGGUACAUUACACUGAAAAAAACUUAUUUUGUUGAAUGAGAAUAUAUGGCUUCCAAGUAAUUGAAAACCAAGUAAUAUUUGUUAGAUUUUUCUGGUGAAUAUUAUGUGUUCCAUGAACUAUUUAUUUAUGAAUCAGUAUUAGCCUGAACAUUUUUAAUAUUUAUUCGUAUGAUAUUCAAUAUUAAUGUUAGUGAUGUGCAUUCCAGUGCAUUAGCUUUGUAGCCUACUGAGUGUGGAAGUGAAGGGACUCAUUCACCAGCUGUUUGACUGUUCAUCCGUCCAGAAGGUACAAACACAUUACAUUAUUCACUCACCAACUUGACGUCAUUACAAAUUUUUAUACUAUACCUACAAUAUUGAAAUAUCUACCUACAUGCUUUACUCUACAUAUAUCCAUGCAAUUUAUUUAAGUCAUAACUGAAAAAAUUGUAGCAGAUGAUUAUAUUUAUGAACCUCCACCCAUCAGACUCACCAUAGAGUUAGAAAUUGAAGUGGCACAGUCUUUUGUAGUAGAUUUGGAUUUGCUCUUAACCAUAAUUUUUAUUGCUCUUUGUUCCUUAGGCCAUUGUUGAGGUUGGUUUACAUGAUAGUGUUGGCGUCUCUCAUUGUUCAUCUCAUUCCACCUGACUGACAGCUUUGUGGGUGCAUCAUUCUUGUUCCAGUCACACAUUCACAAAAAACUGUGUAUUGAGAAGCAGAAAACGAUAAUACUGGUGAUGUACUUAGAUUUGAGCUGUUACUUUUACUUUAAUGAGAAACUGGUUGCAUAUGUCCAAUGAUGAGGCUGAUUCUCCUGAGUUAUAAUUUGAAUGAUGGUUUAGUUUCAUUGUAAUGUUGAUGAGUGCUGUGCUGAUCCCUGAGACAACAUCAUGACCCACUCCACUGCCAGCCUUAGCGGUUCAGGGUGGCUGCUGCCUCACCCUCACCGUGCUAAAUACAGCCAAGCAUCACAUACCAUAUUACAGGUUGCUAAUCUCAUAGGAGUUGUAAAAUCUAGGAAUUGCUAAAGUCAAUCAGUUUUCAGUUACUGAAAUUAUUUAUCAUUAACUAAAGUUUUCAUCCCACAGUAAUACAGAAGCAGUAAAAUAAUUUUCAUAAUUGAAUCAUUCGAUAUUAAAAUAGUAUUACAUUCAGUUGUGAGUUUUUUACAGCUGAUCUGUACAACUUUCCGUUUGUUGUGUGUGUGUGUGUGUGUGUGUGUGUGUGUGUGUGUGUGUGUGUGUGUGUGUGUGUGUGUGUGUUUUCCAGACUGAAAAAUCCAAAAACUGAAACACUUCCUGUAUCAAAUGUUCCAGAUAAGAGACUCAACCUGUACUUAUAAUAUUAUGUGUGGAGACCCAUUGGCGUAUGUCACUAACUUUCCGAGAACAAAGGCAAAGGAGACAUUCUGGGGCUGCCACAUGUGUGCCUGCUGGCAUCCUGUCGCCUCCUUUGUGUUAUUGUGUUCUUAUUUUGUUGGGCUGAGUUGAGUUUCUUAGAGCAGAGACAUUCAUAUAAACUGGCCUUGAUAUUGACACUUGGUACUUAACGUAGCAAUUGUUGUGAUGAAAGACAUAGCCAUUCUCCUUCCUCUUACUAAAAGACCAACUCUAGGAUAAGAUGUGACUGAAACUGUUUUUAAGAUAAUGUUAAGAAUAUAUUUUUAUGAUACAUAAAAUUGUUAGGGGCAAUUUAAUCAUGAGUGACCAGUUUGUUCACCAGUUUGGUAUUAAUACUAUUUUUGGGAUUUAUGUGUUCAAUAUAAGAAGUCUAUGAAGCAUGAUGUUGACAACCUUCAUUUUGGGUCAUUUUCCUGUUAACUUGUUUUACAUCAUUUUAUAUUGAACACUUAAAAAAAAAAAACAUGAUGUAUGUUUCUCUUCAUUAUUUUCAGGGAGAAUUCUCCGGCAUUUUCUUGAAACUUAUAUAUAUGAAAUAUUAUGAAUUAUUUUUAAUUCUACUUCAGAGUACAAUAGCUCAUGUAGCUGAGUGGCUGUUGUGCACCCAAACCUUAUUAUUUGUGAGUCUUGAAGACUUGUAAUAGCAUUACCCAUUUUCUUAUUGUGUUGAUGUAGAUGGUGGUUCCCAUGGCAUGGAUCCUUUGUGUGGAAACAUCACACAUUCCUUUCAAAAGUCAUCCUUUCUCUUUUCAAUGACACUUUGUAAAACAAUCUUUAUUUUUACUCUAGAAUUGUCUCCAUUUCUCCUUCAUUAUAGUUUUACAUGAAAAGUGUGAAACCUUUUACAUUUUUAAACAAUAUUCUAACCAUCCUUGGAAUUUCUCUAAUGUUACUAAGAGUGAGAAAGCAAUAGGAUGAAGGUCUCAUGAUUUGUAUCUAUUGUGAUCUUAUUCUUGUUCACCUCAGUGUAAAGUUUUUUGAUCUGGACACUCUCUCUCUCUCUCUCUCUCUCUCUCUCUCUCUCUCUCUCUCUCUCUCUCUCUCUCUCUCUCUCUCUCUCUCUCUCUCUCUCUCUCUCUCUCUCUCUCUCUGAUUUGUUCACUGAUGAAAGUUGGACCAUUUGUUACUCAUCAUACUGCAGUCUUCCUGUCAGCCUUGCUAGAUAAUAGAUGGUGCUGUGCACUUCCUGUACCUAUUAUUAUAGUCUUCCUCUUCAUCUGUGUUUUUCCAUAAGAGUAAUAUUAUACAACCUCAGUAUGAUUAAUGAAAAUUACCCACCAACUGGUUAAUUUUUUUUUUUUUUAUAUACAAUUGACUAUAUUUUAGCAGUAGUCCUUCAUCAUGGCCAUAGGGACAAUGAAUAUUCUCAUGAUGCUUCUUAUUCUUUGAACAUGGCCAAGGUUUUCUUGACUUUACUAGGCACAGGUAGAAACAUUUGUGGUUUGAGUUAGUUGGUGAUAUGAAUUUUUAAAUCAUGUUAUUGCAGUAUCAUGCACUAUCUGUUGACUCCUUGUCUCUCAUCUCUGACCUAUUUUAUUUGUUGUGGUAUUGUGACAGUAUACCAGUGACUCCAGAAUCAUGACCAAAACUUACAUUGUGUGUACUUGCCUCUCUUAUUCAGGAGUGGUGGUGCAAGUGUCUUUCCUUGGAUGUAAUUAGGUCUUCCAGUACUUUCCAUUCAUGGUAGUGUAUUAUUAGAAACUAUUUUCAUAUUUCAUCUCAUAAUGUUGUCAUAAAUAUCUGCUACUUUCAAUAUUUCUGGAAUAGCCAAGAAACAACCUGAACUUCCACCCAUCUGUUGAAAUACUAUUUUUCCUGUGUUAGCAAUGCAUGUAAUGUGAUACUAAAAAAUACAAAGGUUUGGGUGUGAGAUACCUCUUGAGUUAAACAAGGUGUAAAGUUUGCAUUUUUGCUCAACCACUUUUAUUUAUAAAAUGAUAUGGGCAAUUGUUUGUGUAGGAGGCGAGGUGAACAGGGUAUUAGUAGCCUCUCCGGCCUGUGAGUGUAGAUGGCAGGUGGUUGCCCUUGAGUGUGUGAUCUCAUAAGUUCAUUUGUUAAUGUUAAAAGACCUAGUGGUGCAUUACCAAGUAAUGAUCUGUCCACCCACUUUGGAAAGAACAUUCCGACUUUUUACUGCAUCAUUAGGUUAUCUUAGGAGUUGUAUGUAUUGCUCAAUAAUGGCAUAGAUUAAAAACUAUUUUCAUAUUUGUAACUUAUUAAAUAGCUUCAGUUUGUAAAAAAAGUGUAUAUUAUAAAAGUAAAUAAAAAUAUACAAAAAUCCUGUUGUGGUAGCAAAAA